CACACUUUUAAUCCCCUCAGUCACAUGUUUUGGCACCAUUAUUUUUCUUUACAUAACCAUUUGAAAUACAAUUUACUCACACGUGAACAUGUGUAUGUAUAUACGUAUGUAUUUGAUGGCAUAUGUUAUCGCUGUCUGGCAAGUGAGUAUAAAAGAAACUGUAUAAAAUUGAAGCACAAUAAAAAGCUGAUGUUCUCAUCGAUUUCAAAUUAAACAAUUUCAGCAUCUAACUUCUUUAUCAACAGCAUGAUGAUUAUAAAAUUAACGUGUCUCGUCGCAAGUUCGAUCCUUGUUCUAAACUUGGGUGUGGCAGCCGAAGUACCCGCAGGGUUCAAGACACCAUGGUUUUGUCAUGAUCUCGAGUGUCCGGUCUACCAAGUAGUGGAAACAAAUAGCAAUUUUGAAACACGUCACUACAACGCGUCAGUAUGGAUUGCUACCCAGAAGUCUCUAGUGAACAACACACGAGAAACAACACGAGAUAUGUUCUUCAAGUUGUUUCAUUACAUUUCAGGAAAUAAUUCAGCACACUUGAAAAUACCUAUGACAGCUCCAGUUUUGAAACAAAUAGGUAUUUGCCAAGGUCAAAACUGCAAAGCGGACGUGACGGAACAUUUCAUGAUGCCAUUCAACCUUCAGGCAAACCCUCCGACACCCACCGAGACUGGAGUAUUUAUACGAAGACUUCCGGAAUUUACCGUAUAUGUCCGAUCGUAUGGAGGUUAUGGAUCAGAAACAAUAACAAAACAAAAUUUAGACACAUUGAUGAAAGAUUUACAGACCGCAAACAAACUAUUUAAGCAAGACCACUAUUACACAGCCGGUUAUGAUGGACCAUAUGCUUUCAUCCGACAUAACGAAGUUUGGAUAGCUGCGUUGUAAUUUCUUUUCUAAUAUAAACAGAUACUUGCUAUCUACUUUAUUCCAAACUCAUUUGUGUGAAAAAGUGUCUAUCACAAACAAUACUAAUGUUAAAGUAUACCCAUGCAUUGAUGAUACAGGUUCAUCGCGUUCACGACACUUUUUUCUGAUUCAUCUUCAAAGCAAUUUAAAAGAAAAUAAAUGCCACGACAUAUCAAUCUGUUAAUUUGACAUUUCUUUAUAUUAAACGAUAUUGACGGUUUUACUCAGUGCUAAACUUAAUCGAAAUCACUAAGAUCAGUUAUGAUCACAUGUUUUAGUCAGUGUUUAGAUUCCUUUGUUUUGUACAGUUACUAUGAACUACGUGACUAGGUUUCUAUACCCACUUAUCAGUUAAAUGACAAAUACUAUUUGAACAAAAUAUAACGCGUUCUACAACAUAAAAAAGGAAGAAAGAAAAAAAAAUAAGGACAACCUUUAAAUAAAAUAUUUGUAUAUGAACGUCAUUUUUGUCUGUGCAUGUGUGUGUUUUCUAAUAAAUGUGAAUACUGUCGGAGUUUUGGUAUCAAGAUUAUAUGAUGUCGUUUAUAAAUGUUGUUGGAAAUUUAUAUCAUUGUUGCUAUUACAUUUUGUUGCUAUGGUUUGAUUUUGUACAAGUAUUUGACUGUGUGCUUUGUUAGUCGAGUGCUCUACAAACCUAGCACUGUUUUAUUAAUAAACAUUUUUUUUAAAAAAGACUGAUUUCUUGAAAGGAUAACGUGGAAACACGGCGAAGACAUUUGUAGGACUCGAAUUCACGAUAUUUUGUUUUAGAAAAGCAAUUCUUAUGUUGAAAAUAUGGCUAUGGUACAUUGAUGAUACAGGUUCAUCGCGUACACGGCACUUUUUCUGAUUCCAAAAAUAUCCACUUGCAAAGAAAUUAAUACAAAAAUGCCACGACAUAAUAAUAUGUUAAUAUGACAUUUCAAUUUUAUAUAACAAUA